GCUCCCCCUCUCUCCCUCUCUCCCUCUGCUUUCCUCUCUCCCUCUCCCCUGUAUAUACUGUAGAAGCAGGCAGUUCACAGUCUGGACCCCUCAAUACAGUUUGAAUUCAGGUUCUGUCCAGUUUGUUGUAACUCGGGUUAAGGAUGCAGGUGUUGUUGCUCUGUGCUUUAGUCCUGUGCUGGGGGCAGGUCCAUUCUGCAUUGAGAAGGCAGGAGCAGGCAGCAGAUAAGGGUGGAGAGGAAACGAGUCCCGGGACACAGACAGCAGCCCCUCGAUCCGGGGCUCCCUCAGGUCCCCAAUGUUUAGUGAAUGGUAUAUUUCUGUAUGAAGGAGCAGCCUGGUCUCCUGAGCCCUGCACAGUGUGUCAGUGUGAGGGAGGGAAGGAGAGCUGUGAGAGAAUAUCUAAUCCCCAGUGCAAAAACACAGAGAGAGGGAAGAUGCAGGGAGAGGACCGCAUAAAAUCAGCACCACCCAAGAGAAACGUGAGACGCAAACCUGAAAGAAACACCAAACCACAGUUCACGGCUGCCUCCAAACUGGAAACCAAUAAGACGAACCAGUCUGCCAGACCCAGGUUCCGCAAACAAGAAGAGCGUGCCCUCCAGAGGAAGGAAGUGGGAAUCAGGAGACAGGAAAUGGGAUCCAGAUCCAGAGAGGUGCUGUCAACUGGGAAACAGGAAGUGGUGAUGCCAAAGAAGCAGGAAGUGACAGAACCAAAGAAGCAGGAAGUGACAACACCAAAGAAACAAGACAUGAUGACACCAAAGAAACAGGAAGUGACAACACCAAAGAAGCAGGAAGUGACAACACCAAAGAAGCACAAAGUGAUGACACUAAAGAAACAGGAAGUGACAGCACCAAAGAAACAGGAAGUGAGGUCUGGGGAACAGGAAGUGAAGACUGGGAAACAGAAGGUUGGUGUUGUUAAGAAGCAGGAAGUCCAGAAAUAUGGAAAGAAGAUUGAAAAACCAGCAGUGGAGAAGCGAGGGGGAGGAAGGGAAGGAGGAGGGAGUAGGGUGAGGCUAAUAGAUCUUCAGGACUCUGAUGAGGAGGAUCUGGAGGAGGAGUUUGAAGACAUCGGAGGACUGGUAGAUGACCUUGAUGAUUUCUUCUUCGACCGGCCCCUCCCUGACUCUCUGCUGCCCCCUACGGGCAGGUUCAUGGAGUCACUCCCACCAGGCUGCAUCCUCUCUGACUCCACCAUUGCCUGUGGCAACACCAGAAUGAGACACCUGCCCAUCCUCCUCGACCCUGGAGUCACAACUCUGUACCUGGCAGAGAAUGAGAUUUCAGAGAUCCCAGAGCAUGCGUUCUUAGGACUGCCCAACCUGGAGUGGCUGGACCUCAGCAAGAACCAAAUGGACAACUCAACCAUGCACCCGGGAGUGUUCAGAAAUCUCAUUAAACUGAAGAGACUGAAUCUGGAUGGGAACCAAAUUACACAGAUCCCACCGCUACCACCAUCAUUGGAGGAGCUGAAAAUGAACGAUAACAAACUGCAGGGGCUCGAUCAGCACAGCUUCAAGGGUCUCUCAAAGCUGCUCACUCUGGAGUUAGAAGGAAAUGCUCUUCACGAUGGCAAUGUCAAUCCACUGGCCUUCAAACCCCUGAGGAGACUCAUCUACCUGAGACUGGACCGGAACCUCUUAAGAGCCAUUCCAUCAGGCCUCCCCCACUCCCUGCAGGAGCUGCACUUGGCUGGGAAUGUGAUUGAGGAGGUUUCAGAGGGAGUUCUCAGCAAGACCCUGAACCUCAGUGUGCUGGUGCUGAGUAACAACCACCUGCAAGAGACCCACAUCGCACCACUGGCAUGGAUACACCUCCCGGCAAUGGAUCUGCUGGACCUGUCCUAUAAUGGGCUGGUGCACGUGCCCUCCUUCCUGCCCUCGUCGCUGCGCCGACUCCUUGCUCAUCACAACCACAUCGAGCGCAUCCCCGGGUAUGUCUUUGCUCACAUGAAGCCGGGCCUCGAAUUCCUGCACCUCUCCCACAACCAGUUGCAUGACAGUGGGAUCCAUGCACUGUCCUUCUUAGGGCUGCACCAUUCCCUCGCCGAGCUGCUGCUGGAGAACAACCAGCUCACAGCUGUGCCCCGCGGCAUCCUGACCCUCCGCAACCUGCAGGUACUGCGGCUCAACAACAACUACAUCAGGUAUGUCCCCCUGAACUCAGUCUGUGACACUCGUGUGAUGGAGGACUCCCCUCUCAUCUCUGUCCAUCUCGAAAACAACCUGAUUGACCGGCGCCUGAUUCCCCCGACUGCUUUCUCCUGCAUCAAGACCUACCACAGCAUUGUACUGAGACCCCAGAAAUAUGAGGACUACUGAGAUGACCCCCAACCCUCUCUCUACAACUCUCUAACCCCUAGCCAGCUCUCAGCUCCCUGGCCCUCAGCCCUCUCUACCCCUCCCCUCCCCUAGCCCUCUCUCUACCCCUCCCAGACCCCCGCCUGUUCUCUACCCCUCACAGACGCCCCCAUACUCUCACCACACAACCCCCAGCCCUCUCUGUACCCCACCCGGGCACCAACCCGCUCUCACCUCACCGAUCCCCAGCCAUCUCUACCUCUCCCUGACCCCCAGCCCUUUCUCCACCUUUGCCCGAGCCUCAGCCUGCUCUCACCACCCCAACCCCCAGCCAACUUUCACUUCCAUAACCCCCAGCCUGCUCUUACCUCCCCGACCCCCAGUCAGCUUUCACAUCCCCGACCCCCAACCCGCUCUCAUCUCCUCGAUCCACAGCCAGCUCUUCUCCACCCUUGCCCGAGCCCCAGCCUGCUCUUAACUCCCCAACCUCCAGCCAGCUCUCAUCUCCUCGACGCCCAGCACUCUCUCACCUUUCUGACCCCCAGCCCUCACUCAUCUCUCCAACUCUGUAUUCUGUUAAUACAGGAUAUGUCAGUGUAAUUUGAUUAUCGACUUUUACUCCUGUGUGAGCUUCCCUGCUGACAGUCACAGUAGGACGGACUGGUGGGGUUAGUUAAUGCUGCUGACGAGAUGUAACGAGUCUGAUGUGUUUGUUUAAUUACAGGGACACUCGCUCAGGGGUAGAAGAUGAGACUAAUAGUCACAUUAGUCUAAACCAGGGCUGGCCAAAGUGGCCUUCCACUCCUGGUCUUUGUUCCAACCCUGUUUUAAAUUGUUAAUUUGAACUAAUUAAACCUCUAUGUAAACCCUAGACUAGUUCAUUUUUCCAUGUUACCUGUUAAACCUGGAGUGGAAUGACCCCUGGUCUAAACCUUUAGUCUUACAUUGAUGAUGCACAAAGUGUGGACCUGACUGAAGCUUGUACUGGUCUUCAGUAGAUAUUGCUCUGAACCUUACUGAGCUCAAACUGCUUCAAAACAAGUUUCAAGGGUUCGAUGAGCAACUGAAUUAAGAACUGGACACCAAAUCUUAUGAUACCUCGUGAGAAAAUGAAUUGGAAACCAUUUUUUUUUUUUUUUUUUUUUGUAGACCAUGUUUAUGCUUAUGUAUCUUAAAUACAACCGUUUUUUCUUAAACUGCUUUUGCAGUUCAUUGUAUUUCUACAUGUUUUAUUUGAUACGGCUAUACAAAUAAAAACCUGAUUAUUUUA